CAGAGUGACCUCGUUAUUGGACAACAUUGGUCACAGCGCUACAGUUAUCAGUGGAAAUUCUACUCUCGCUAAUAUACGUCAGACUUCCAUGACAUAUGACGCCGGGGACUUUAUUGCGCUUAUUGCAUUCACACUUGAUUCAUUCUCAAAACCUGAACAGAAAGUUCGACCGUCUUUGAUUCAGGAAUUGUCGCGCGUGACGCGGGUCUUCGCACGCACUGAAGUGGCUCUGAUGCCGGCGCGUGUCACGGCGCAGAGGAAGACGCACAUGUGCGGACGGCCGACCGGAGUGGUUCUACAUGUUAGUAGAAUGUUAGUUAUUCUGCACAGCGACUUCCAUCACUGGACCUGAGUGUCUAUCCGAGACAGCGUGGCGCGGGCUGCUGUGCGCUCUCGCACACACCCCGCCCGCCCCUGUGUGAUGAACAGCUGUGCCGGCCACUGGCUCGCGGCCCCAGGACGCGCACCCCCCACCCCCCGGAAAAAAAGCGUCCAAUAGGCUUGCUCCUCACUUCAGCCUCUCAGGUGGCAGAAGUUAAAACUCCUGCGCGCUGGAUGAGCUGGAGACGCCUGCAGGGACGCAUCGUCCUCCUGCCUCGCUUCAGUUUGGCACCGGGACACUUCAUUUGCGUCCUAGUUUUGGAUGACUGCCACCGCGUCCCACGCCAGGAUGCUUGUGCGCGCGCUCCUCUGCGUGUCCCUCGCGUGCAGCGUUGGCGCGCAGGUUGACAGUUCCGGACUGUUUUACGCGCUCCGCUCUGAACUGUCUGAAGAUGCUAUUCUGGUGGCAAACAACGGCGUGCGCGUGCCGUUCGGGAGGUCCGUCUUCAUCGACCCCAUCAACGACCUGGUGAUUCAGACUCAGCCCGGGGACCGCUGCGGCAUCACCGUGCUGGACAACGACCCGCUCUCCCAGAGACCCGGGCACCUGUCGCCCAAGAAGUUCCCUUGUGAUUUCGGACCCAACGACGUGACCUACACUCAUUACGGAUCCAGAAGUCCGUCCAAGGACAGAGUGAGACUCCAGCUCAGGUACGAUGCGCAAACAGAAACCGUGAUCAUUCCCUUCAUGGUGGAGGUGGAGGUGGUCUUCACGCAACUGGAGCUGCUGACCAAAAACAUGCCCGUCACUGUGGAGCAGCUGAAAGGUGUCAGCCAUCCGAUCGACAGCAAGGUGUUGGAAUUCACCUACGACAGAGAGUCUCACAAGUGUGAGGUGGCGGCCCUGACCAGCACCGGCGGCGCCUUGCCCAGGUACGGCAGGCUGGUGGAUGGAGGGAAGCUCUCCUCCAUGAUGGACUGUGAUGAGUUCACGCGCUCGGCCGUCCGUUACGAGCACACGUCUGAGAGGAGGUCCCCCAACAGGGAUUAUGUGCCCAUGGUGGUGGAGCUGCGUGAUACGGAGGGCAACCUGGAGAAGCAGGAGUACUUUCAUCUGAUGAUCCGGAUCAAAGAAGGCGAGGAAAACACAGCCCCGAAACCCAGCUUUGUGUCCAUGAUGAUGAUGGAGGUGAGCCAGUUUGUCAUGACGGCCCUCACCCCGGACAUGAUGGCGGCGGAGGAUGCAGAGUCCGACUCUGGUGAGCUCGUUUUCAACAUCACGACACCCCUGUCGUAUGAAGAGGGCUACGUGGUCAGCACGGACGAUCGAAACCUGCCCAUCACCUCCUUCUACCAGAGGGACCUCCGGGACCUGAAGAUCGCUUACAAGCCGCCAUCUUUGGACUCGGACACGGAGAGAAUUUUCCAGAUCGAGUUGGAAGUGGUGGACACGGACGGGGCCGUGUCGGAGCCUUUCGCUUUCAUGGUUGUGGUCAAGCCCAUGAACUCCAUGGCCCCAGUUGUGACCCGCAACACGGGGCAGCUGCUUUACGAGGGCCAGUCACGGCCCCUGGUGAGUGGCCGCAACCUGGAGAUCAGUGACGAGGACGACCUGGACUCCGUGACGGUGACUGUGGUUGACGGCCUGCGCCAUGGCCACCUGAUGAUGCUGGGAACCCGCAGGAAGUUUUUCACUCCCUCCGACCUCCUCGCGGGAGCCGUGGUGUACCAGCACGACGGCAGCGACACCCACAGUGACAACAUCGUCUUCAAAAUGUCCGACGGGAAACACCAAGUGGAGUUCCUCUUUCCCAUCACCAUUGUUCCCACGGACGACGAGCCGCCGAUCGUCAACGCCAACACCGGCCUGCUUCUCUUCAAACACCAGAUGAUGCCAAUCUCCCCGCUCAUGCUCAGCGCUGCCGACGUGGACUCUGAGGACUCCACCAUCAAAUUCACCGUCGUCUCUCCCUUUUCCAAAACGGGCGCAGUCAUUCUGAGGCAAAGCGACGCGCCGCAGGAGCCCGAGUCCUGGAAGUUCAAUGCCGAGGACGAGGUCUAUGAGAAGGAGGUGGUGGAGUGGUUGCAGAAGGACAUCACCGAUGGAAAGCUCUUCUACAAGCACGUCGGCCCGCACCACACCGACACCGUCACGGAUCAGUUUGUCUUCACGGUCCAGGACGACAAUGACCCCCCGAACCAGUCAGGAGAAGCCACCUUCAUCAUCCGAGUCUUGCCCGUAGAUGACGUCCCCCCGGAGCUCUUCCCCGGGACCAGCCUGCAGAUGGCCGUCCAAGAGUACAAGCUCACUGGCUUCAGCAAAGAAGUCCUGCGUUACACCGACCUGGAUUCUGAAGACCGUGACCUCAAGUACACGGUCCUCCACCCGCCGACAGACACGGACGAGAACCACCCGGUGGCCUUCGGCUCUCUCGUUCUGACGGACAGCCCCGACACGGAAAUUGCUGAGUUCACACAAGCUCAAGUCAAUCACCACAAGGUCUCCUACAGCCCGCCGGACAUGGAGCUGGGCAUUACAGCGCAUGUCGUUCAGUUCCGUUACGCUGUGGAGGACACGGCGGGCAACAGCGUCGAAGGGACUUUUACCAUCCACCUGCAGCCUGUCAACAACAAGCCCCCACAGAUCACCAACACCGGCUUCACCGUCUUUGAACGCGGCAUGCACAUCCUGAGCGCGGCGGAGCUGGAUGCCACAGAUCCGGACACGGCCAGUGAGAAGAUGACUUUUACCGUGAGCCAGCCACCGAAACACGGACAGCUGCAGUCAGCGUUCGCUGAUCUAGAGCCGAAGGGAGUUUUCAGGCUGGAGGAUUUGUCCGAGGGCAGGAUAUCGUACGUGCACGGUGGAGAAGAGACGCCGAGCGACGAGUUUCAGCUGGAUGUCAGCGACGGGAUCCACGUUGUCACCGUGACUGUCAAAGUUAACGUCAAGCCUGUCGAUGACGAAACGCCAACCCUCAGUCUGCCGGCCGGGACCGUGGGCUCCCACCUGGACGUGCUGGAAAACGGCGCCACGGAAAUCACCGCCAGCGUGAUACAAGGCCGUGACGAUGACACCGAUGACCUCCAGCUGACCUUUAUUGUGGAAGAUCCGCCGCUGCGGGGGGAAAUCCUGCUCAGAGGAGUUCCGGCGGCUCGGUUCACACAAGCCGACAUCAUGAACGGCGCGGUCGUUUACGCUCACACCGGUGGUGAGAUUGGCCUGGCUUCUCAGUCGGAUGCCUUCAACCUAACUCUCACAGACAUGUCUGAUGACUGGACGGUGGGAGGCAACAAGGUCACCGGUGUGCGAGUCAGGGUAGCCAUACUUCCUGUCGACAGCCAGGCCCCGGAGGUGGGAGUUGGAAUUCCGUUCGGUGUUAUGGAAGGAGAGAAGUCCGCCAUCGGGCCUCAGCACUUGAACGCUGAUGAUACUGACACUCCAGCUGAGGACAUCCUGUGCACCAUCGUUGUCCAACCCACGGCUGGCUACGUGGAGAACAUCUCUCCUGCGCCCGGCUCCGAAAAGUCCAGGUCCGGCACAGCUAUCAGCGCCUUCACCAUCAGGGACAUCAGGGAGGGGAGUAUCCACUUUGUGCAGAGCAUUCACAAAGGCGUGGAGCCAGUGGAGGACAGGUUCACGUUCAGGUGCUCCGAUGGCAUCAAUUUCUCGGAGAACCAUUUCUUCCCAAUCCUUAUCGUCCCAGCAAAUGAUGAGAAGCCAGAGAUCUUUCUGAGGGAGAUGGUUGUGAUGGAAGGAAUGAACAUUGUCAUUGACACGCCAGUUCUUAACGGGGAUGAUGCGGACGUCCCGGCCGAGGAGCUGAUGUUCUUCAUCUCCAAACCCCCCCAGCAUGGUGCCAUUUUGAACCAGCUGCCCACCGGCUCAGUGCCGGUGACGAAUUUCACUUUGGAGCAAAUUCGGGAGGCGUCGACUAUCGUAUACGAGCACGACGACUCGGAGACAACAGAGGACAGCUUUGAAGUGAUUUUGACGGACGGGAAAUAUUCGGUGCGGAAGACGGCCGUGGUGAUGGUCAUCGCCGUGGACGACGAGACGCCCAGGAUGCUGGUCAACGAUGGCCUGGAGGUGGACGUUGGUGAGAGCAAAGAGAUCAGCGACAAGGUGCUCCGUGCCACAGACUUGGAUUCGGAGGAUUCCGCCCUCACGUAUGUCGUCAGGUUCCAGCCUCGCCAGGGUCUUCUGCAGAGGAGGACCCCUUCAGGGUCAGUUGAAAACGUGACCCAAGGAAUGAAUUUCACACAAUCUGAAGUGGACGCUGGACUUUUGUCUUACACACACAACGGACAGGAGGGCGUCCGAGACCUGCUGAAGUUUGACGUGACGGACGGAACAAACGCCCUGAUUGAUCGCUACUUCUACAUCAGCGUGGACAGCGUUGACAUGGUCUUCCCCGACGUGGUCAGUAAAGGCGUGUCUCUGAGAGAGGGCGGACGCGUGACGUUGACCACAGACCUCCUCAGCACCUCAGACAUUAACAGUCCUGAUGAGAAUCUGCUCUUCACCGUCACCCGAGCCCCGGUGAGGGGCCACUUGGAGUGCACGGACACGCCCGGGAUGCCCAUCGUCUCCUUCACCCAGCUCCAGCUCGCUGGCAGCAAGGUCUACUACAUCCACACCUCCGACGACGAGCUGAAGAUGGACAGUUUUGAGUUUGAGGUCACGGACGGCUACAACCCCAUUUUCCGAACCUUCAGGAUUUCCAUCGUCGACGUGGACAAUAAGAAGCCUGUGGUUACGGUGAACGCUCUUCUGGUCACAGAGGGAGAGAGGAGGCUGAUAACGCCCUUCGAGCUGACCGCUGAGGACCAGGACACACCUGAGAAGCUGCUCAAAUUCACCGUCACACAGCUGCCUGUCCACGGCAAGCUCCUCUACAACCAGUCCCGACCCAUCACCACUUUCACCAAACAAGAUCUCAACGAAAACCUGAUCUCUUAUUUGCACGACGGGACUGAAUCGGCGGAAGACUCCUUCUCGUUCACUGUGACCGAUGGCACGCACUCCGACUUCUACGUUUUCCCCGACACCGUCUUUGAAACACGCAGGCCUCAGACCAUGCGGAUUUCCAUCGUGGCUGUUGAUAAUGGGGUCCCUCAGAUCGUGGUGAAUAAGGGAGCCCCCACAUUGAAAGUCUUACCCACAGGCCACCUUGGCUUCCCGAUCGGACCCAAGCUCCUGAAGGCAGAGGACAGAGACAGCAGCCCGCUCACCCUGCUCUUCCGCGUCAGCACCCAGCCUCAACACGGCUACAUGGUUCAUCUGGGCCGAGGAAACGACUCCAUCGACACCUUUACUCAAGCUGAUAUCGAUGACCUGAACAUCUGUUAUGUGCUGCGGAAUGAAGAAAAUGCCACCUCGGAUGUGUUCCACUUCUCUGUGGAAGACAAAGGUGGGAACACAUUGAAAGGACAGCAGUUCCGACUGGACUGGGCCUGGAUCUCUCUGGAGAGAGAAUACUACGUGGUGGAUGAGGAAGACAAGUUCUUGGAGGUGGUGCUGGUGCGAAGAGGCUAUCUGGGAGAGACGGCGUUCGUCGGGAUCGGAACCCAGGAUGGCACCGCAAAGAAGGACGAGGAUUUCAAGGGUAAAUCCCAAAAGCAGGUCCAGUUCAACCCCGGCCAAACCACAGCAACGUGGAAGGUUGGAAUCUUGACCGACGGGAAGUAUGAGCGAGUGGAGAGCUUCCAGAUCUUGCUGUCAGAACCCGUCAUGGGGGUGCUGGAGUUCCCCAACACAGCCACGGUGGAGAUCAUGGACCCCGGUGAUGAGUCCACAGUGUUCUUUCCAGAGCAGAGCCGGUCUGUGGAGGAAGAUGUCGGGGAGCUUUUUAUCCCGCUCCACCGCAGCGGAGACGUCAGCCAGGAGCUCAUGGUGGUCUGCUUCACUCAGCAGGGCUCGGCCGCCGGCACCGUCCCCACCUCCGUGCUCUCUUACUCUGACUACAUCUCCCGGCCAGAAGAGUACAGAAGUGUGGUGCGCUUUGACAAGGGCGAAAGAGAGAAGACCUGUCGUGUGGUGGUCAUCGACGACUCUCUGUACGAGGCAGAGGAGAGCUUCAGUGUCAUCCUGUCGAUGCCUGUCGGGGGCCGACUGGGUCUGCACUACAACACCACCAAAGUCACCAUCCUGGAGGACCUGGAUGAUGCUCCGGUCUUCUACUUUGGCGAAGAGGCGUACCAUGUGGACGAGAGCGACGGCUACGUGGAGGUGAAGGUGUGGAGGACGGGGACGGAUCUCUCCAAGACCAGCACUGUCACGGUUCGCUCACGCAAGGCCGAGCCUGUGUCCGCAGAAGCCGGCGUCGAUUAUGUUGGCAUCAGUCGCAACCUGGACUUUGCUCCAGGCGUGAGCAUGCAGAGCUUCAGGGUCAGCAUCCUGGAUGACCUGGGGCAGCCGGAGCUGGAGGGGACCGAGAGCUUUGACCUGGUGCUGCGCAUGCCGGCCAACGGGGUCUUGGGAGAACCUGUGAAGUCAACAGUGUUCAUCAACGACAGCGUUUCAGACUUACCAAAGGUCCAGUUUCGGGAGGCUGUGUAUUCCGGAGAGGAGAGCGACGGGCAGAUGGUGGCGACGGUGUACCGGAGCGGCGACCUCAGACACAAGUCUACAGUGCGCUGUUACAGUCGUCAGGCCUCUGCGCAGGUGGCCGUGGACUUCAACGAGCGACCCAACACCGAUGCCUCCAUCAUCUCAUUCUCCCCUGGCGAGGCAGAGAAGCCCUGUGUGCUGUCACUAGUCGAUGACUCGCUCUACGAGGAAGCAGAAGAGCUUCGCUUGGUCUUAGGAAGCCCAAAAAGCGACUCACAGUUUGGAGCCUCAGUCGGGUCUAUGAACGAGACGGUGUUGAAAAUCAAAGACACGGCCGACAAACCCAUCAUCCGUUUCCUGGAAAACAAGUUCAGCGUGAGUGAACCCAAAGAGGCGGGGGCCUUGGCAACCAUUGGGGUCCCUGUUGUCAGAGUGGGUGACACAUCCAAGGUGUCCGUCGUCCGUGUUCACACCAAGGAUGGAUCUGCAGUGUCAGGAGAGGACUACUACCCCGUGUCUCGAGACGUGGAAUUCAAAGAGGGAGAUACGGAGCACGUGGUCGAGGUGGAAGUGCUGUACGACGGGAUCAGAGAGAUGCGGGAAGCCUUCACUCUCCAUCUGAAGCCGGACGAUAACAUGGUGGCUGAAACGCAGGUCACUAAAGUCAUCGUCUACAUCGAGGAGACCAACAGCGUGGCUGACGUCACCUUCCCUUCGCUGCCCCACGUGGUGUCGCUGCUCCAUUACGAUGACGUCGCCGCUGCAGAUAAGCCCCACCCCCCUGCGGGCUACCCUGUCAUCUGUGUCACAGCCUGUAACACCAGAUACCCUGACUACGACAAGACUGGCUCCAUCUGUGUCAGCGAGCACAUCAACAACACUUUAACACGCUACCGCUGGCUCAUCAGUGCCCCUGCUGGCCCCGAUGGAGUCACCAGUCCCAUGAGGGAGGUGGACUUCGACACCUUCUUCACCUCCUCCAAGAUGGUCACGCUGGACUCAGUCUACUUUCAGGCUGGAUCUCGAGUUCAGUGUGCCGCUCGGGCAGUGAAUUCGAACGGGGACGAGGGUUUGGAGCUGUCCAGCCCCAUUGUUACCAUCAGCCGGGAGGAAGGUAUGUGUCAGCCUCGGAAGAUGGGGACCGUUGGUGCCGAGCCCUUCUCUGCCAAGCUGCGCUACACUGGAGCGGACGACCCCAAGCACCCCAACCUCAUCAAAGUGACUGUCACCAUGCCUCAUAUCGACGGCAUGCUUCCCGUCGUCUCCACUCGCCCCCUCAUGAACUUUGAAUUGACCCUGAGCCCGGACGGGACCCGGGUUGGAAACCACCGCUGCUCCAACUUGCUGGAUUACGACGAGGUCACCACAGGUCACGGCUUCAUUAGUGCCUGGACACGCAGCCCGGAGAUGUUGGGCGACACGGCGCCGUACCAGUUCAGUGGACCUCUGCGGGGGAACAACACGCUGAGGUUCUACCGCAAUCUCAACCUGGAGGCUUGUCUGUGGGAGUUCACCAGCUACUACCACAUGUCCGAGCUGCUGACCGACUGUGGUGGCAGCAUCGGGAGCGACGGACAGGUCCUGAACUUGGUGCAGUCUUACGUGACCCUGCGUGUUCCCCUCUACGUGUCCUAUGUGUUCCACUCGCCCGUGGGCACCGGGGGCUGGCAACACUUCGACCUUCAGUCCGAGCUGCGUCUCACUUUUGUCUACGACACCGCCAUCCUAUGGAAGGACGGCAUCGGCAGCCCGCCGCAGGCCGAGCUGCAAGGUGCAUUGUAUCCCACCAGCAUGCGCAUCAAUGAGCAGGGACGGUUGGUGGUGAACUUCCGCACCAAAGCUCGGUUCCGCGGGCUGUUUGUGGAGGCUCACUCUGGAGGAAGACUCAGGAGGGCCGCUACGUCCGUGUCAUCCAUGGUGAUGAGUGUGGACCACCCUGGCCUGACCUUUAACCUCAGCCUGGUGAGGAGCGAGCCCACCUACAACCAGCCGGUCCAGCAGUGGACCUUCACUUCAGACUUUGCCGUGAGAGACUACUCCGGAAGCUACACCGUCAAACUGAUCCCCUGCACCGCGGCUCAGAACACGGAGUACACGCUUCCUCCAGUCUGCAGUCCCAGAGAGCCGCUCACCUUUGACCUGGACAUCCGCUUCCAGCAGGUCAGCGACCCGGUGGCGGUGGAAUUCAGUCUGAACACUCAUCUGUUCCUGCUGUCCAAGAAGAACUUGUGGCUCUCUGACGGCUCCAUGGGCUUUGGUCAGGAAAGCGACGUGGCCUUCUCCGAAGGGGACACCAUCUACGGUCGCGUCAUGGUGGACCCUGUGCAGAACCUGGGAGACUCCUUCUUCUGUAGCAUUGAGAAGGUUUUCCUCUGCACCGGUGCCGACGGUUACGUCCCCAAAUACGACCCCACCAAGUUUGAAUUCGGCUGCCUGGCAGACUCUCCCUCGCUGCUCUACAGAUUCAAAAUACUUGACAAGGCGCAGCCGGAGACCCAGGCUCCAGUGUUUGGCGACGUCAGCUUUAAUGCUUUGCUGGCAGUGGACGACCCCGCCGCCCUGUCUUUGGUCCGACAGCCCGGGUCUGACGGCUUCCGGCUCAACUCCACAGCCAUGUUCCAGGUGGCGGCCGGCCGUGAGUGGUACAUCCACACUAUUUACACGGUCCGGUCCAAAGACAGAGCCAACGGAGGAAUCGGAAAGCGGAGUCUGGAGUACCACGCUUUAACAUCCAGCAGCGGUCACCGGCCCCGACGGUCCGUCGACAGCCAAGCUCCGCGCAUCGCUGAGGAGAUCGGCGUCGACAACAACCGCGGCACCAACAUCAUGCACAUCGCCUUGGACCGCACCAAGCGAGGCGCCGGCGACUGGCCUGUUCAGUCGGCUGUCGGGUCGGAACACAGCGAGCCGCGUGCGGAGGAGCAUGAGGAGAGCGUGCUGACUGUGGUGGGCACGCUGGUGGGUCUGCUCGUGACUGUCCUCAUCGUCAUCUCCCUGGUUCUGGUUCUGCGGUGCAGACGGAAGGAUGCCAAGGAAGGCUGGCGAGACGGAGUGCAGGAGGCGGUGAAGGGCUCCGUCAGCAGCGAGCCCAUGCUGGUGGUGCGGAUGCAGGACUGUCACAACAGCUCCGAGGUCUGAGUGGACUGGCGGAUGGACAAAAAAGGAGUUUUCUUUUCUUGUUUUUUUGUUGUUUUUUUUUACCUACUAUCGAGUUAUUUUUAAGACACCAAAUGUCCCACCUUCACUGUCCCUGAGGUGAUGCACCCGUCACUGGGAGGCCUGCAGGAUGAGGUCGUCGCUGCCUCCUGCUUCUUGCAUCUGAACCUGUGGCGUCUGCUUUUCUUGGUCUUGUUUCCACCACGCCGGGACACUGAAGCGGGCCAGCCUCCAGCGUGUGGGCAGAGCCGCGUGUCAUCCCGCCCUCAGCAGGCGGUGACAAAUGCAAGCGCGCCUGCAGAUGUUAUGACAGAUGAAAACAAAGACAGCAGAAUGACAGUGAUGCAGUCGUCUUUUCCAACAGAAACCUUAUUAGGACCAGACACUCAGGGGACGACGCGGGUCAGAGAGCUAUCAGUCGGAUGCUUUCGCUGUUUUCAUUGUUCAGCACUCAGAGCUUGAGCGACGCUUCUUCGUUCUCUGUCUGAAUUGUGUUGCCUUUGUUAUGUGUCUUUGGCCUGACUGGAAUCAGGUUAAGAACUUGGAACCUCCGUUUUCUCAGUCAGUGUUCGGACCUCAGAUACCUUUGCAUUUGUUCCAGGUAUAGAUGACUUUGCUCACUGCCAGAAGUGUUUAUGGUUGACUUGUUUCCUUUGAUGCGAUUCAUGCACCGUCCUCACCUCAUCUGGUUAAAUGUGUACUCUGCCUGCUGUCACUGGUCAUCACGAAGCCAAUCCAAACUAUGCAACGCAGCGUUCCCUCCACGGCCAGUUCUCCACGUACGUGACAGCUGGGGCACAAUCAAACAUGAUAUUCACUAUGUGUCUUUUUAUGGAGGAGUUUUUACAUGAAUAAAUAUCCUUGCUUCCUGCGUCUCCUUUACUUCCUGUAAGGCGCGCUCACGUCACGUGACGGACGAAGCGCGAGCUGAUUGG